CAUGUCGUCAUUGGUGUCUUGUGCGGGUGAGGCCUUUGUUCGCUACUGCUCUCGCUGUCGCUGCUGCUGCUGCUGCUGUUGCUGCUGGUCGUGGUGUCGCCGGCCCUCCAAUCGACGUACAGCCAGCGCAAGAGAUGAAACCUGAUUGAUGAGUGAGACACGCUGCACCAUCCAUUCCAUGCAUCCCAUCAGUGUGCAUGUGCUGUCUGCGUGCCUCGGCCUCAUGUGGGGCGAGUGUCUUGUCUCUGUUGGCAGUUAUCUCCUGUCGCGCUUUCGCGAACACUCCACACCAACGCUGCACACAGAUGACACUUGUGUGGAUGUGGGGGGGUGUUUGCGUGUGCCUUGCUGACUGGCUGACUGACGUACACACUUACAUCUGCCAAGUGCUUCUUGUUGGCCUCGCGCUGUCUGGCCGUCGCCUCCUUGUCGCUGUCAUCAAACGAACCACCAACCGCACUAAGGAAGGCCAUACACACACACAAAGAUCCAAAGGCACUCAUGCUACAACUGUGUGUGUGUCUGUGUGUGUGUGGUCGCUGACGUGUAUGCGGCUUGUUGCAUCUGUCUCUCGAGUUGCGUCUCCAUUUGUCGUUUGAUGGGUUCGUGUUUGUUGGCCUCGCUCUGCGCGUACACACUCAGGGUCCUUUCGUCGGCCUGCACACAGCACAUCACGAGAGGGACAUGGACAGGGCAGCUCUCGUGACGUGAUCUCGAGGGUCACCAUGCGCAUCGAGACGUGAGAUUGGCUUUGGUGACGUCGCUCCGCGUGCUUGAGACGAGCAUCGAGUGCAGACAGCCUCGCCACAAGCUCACUCUCCCUGCCCGGCACACACGACACACACCAUACACAUGACAUACAUGACAUAGAUGUGUUUCCUUUCAAGAUUGGUCUGUGUUCACCAGUUGGGGAAUGUACCAUCCGUCUGGCGCUGCAGCGCGGUGCACUCGUCGCGGGCCGCAUUCUCAUUCUUCUGCUCGGUCAUCAUGGCCUCGUCCAACGAAUGGAUCUCAGCUGAGGCAUCAGCACCACAUACGCACACCGAGUGAGAGACUGUGAAGUUUCCCUCUUUCUGUGUGUGUCGGUGACCCUCCAUUUCUGCGAUGCGUGCCUGCACCUGUGCCAACUCUCUCUGGACACACGGAGACACACAACAUCCGCUUUGCCUCGUGUGCGUCGUCGUUCAGUAUGCAGUGCACCUGUGUGUUGUCGAUUUGGUGUGUCUGUGCCUUUCGCUGAUCGGUUGCCUCGUCCAGUCGGCCACUCACUGAUACCAACUCCUCGAGCAACUUCAUGCCAGCCUGUGCACACAUUCGCACAAGUCCACAAAGGUGCUGUUGUGUUUGCAUGUUUCUUACUGCGAUUUGCUGCUGGAUGGCGCUUGUCUUGCUGUCGACAUCGCUCAGCUCAUCGGCGUGUCGGCUCUCCUCACCAGCCAACUCUACAUCCACACAACACACAUGAGACACAUGGACGUCUGUGUCUGUGUCUGUGUCUGUGUCUGUGUAUCGCGCUAACGGUCGAUGUUUGUUUGUAUGUUGUGUUGGUGUGUGCGUUUGUCGGUCAUCUGCUGCUCGAAGGCCUUUGAUGUCUUGUCCACCGCUGCGAUGACGUCGUGCACUCUGAGCAGCUCGGCUGCGAUGUCACUGUCACUUGUCUCAUGCGUCACCACUGCUGCCCUCUGCUGCGCACUGGCCGUGGCCUCGCUCCAACUCGCUGUCUCCCUCUCCACGUCAGACACCCUGACAGCACGACACACCAUCCAUACAUCCAUCCAUCCGUGUGCGUGUGCAUGGGUCUUUGCUUACUUCAUCGACCGCUCUUCUGCCAGCAGCGCGUCGAGUCGGUGAGCGGUUUCUGCAUGUCUGGCCUCCUCACGCGAGACGCACUCAGCACGCACAGCCAGCUCCUGACAUGCGCACAUGACCUCACAUGAAUGACGGUAUGUGAAUUGUGUGGGUCGUGUUUACCUGUUGGAGGCCCUGGUCUUGCUCUCUGAGGAAGUCAAGCUGCAUGGUCAGCCCUUGCUGAACACAGCCACACACACACACACACACACACAUGGCACACAGAUACAAACGUGAUGUGUGGUCGGUGUGAGGUUGGUUUGUUUGCCAUCUCUGCAUCGGUCUCGAGUGCGUUGAGCUCCUGCCUGGCCGCUGCGAGACUGCUCUCGAGCGUGUCUCCCUCCCGACAGGACAGAGAGAAGUUGGACUCGAUCGUACGCAACGCAACCUGCACACACAAAAACAGAGUGAGCGCAUGUGAGGAGGAUGCAUUGUGGUGUGGUGUUGGAGUGUUACCUCGGCCUUGUCCAUCGCUUCAUGGAGUGACUGCAGCUCUGCGGUUUUGCUGUCUCGGUCACGCUCGGCAGCCGACUUGUCGGCGAGAGACACGGACAGAUGACUGUGCGCUGUGCGAUUGUCGGCCUUGUUCGACAGAAGCUCUCUCUCGCCUGAGAGAGAUGCACAAAAAAUGGAUCCAUCCAUCGCCCUUUCUCUCUCUCUUUGUGUUGUCUUGUGUACACACACGUACACUGGUCGAGCUGUGCGGCGACGGCUUUGUUGGCGUCGAUCAGACACGCAGCGCGAUGGGAGGCAGACGGGAGCUGACCAGACGAGAUGAAAUGGAUGCGUGCGUGGAUGGAUGUUGUGUGGGGUGUUGGUACUUUGUCGUUGAUGAUGGUCAUGAUUGCAUCGGCCUCGUGCUUGCAGCCAUCGAUGAACCCACGGUAACGGUCACGGGCAGAAGACAGCGUCUCAUGAGCUGACACAUCACACACACACACACACAUGCAUUGGAUGGAUGCGUCGACAUGUGUGUUGGGUGGUUGUUGGUGUGAGUAUGCGUGCCUUGUUGGAUGCACUGCUCAGUGGUUUGUGUCUCCUGUCUGCAGAGGGUGUGUUGCGUCGAUGCGAUGUCGACCUUGCACGUGAUGUCUUGCCACUUGCUGUGCAGGUCCACUGCACGCUGCUCGUGACCCGUGAACGACUCCUAUGCACACACGACCGAAUGUAUGCAACGCACCACACAGGGAAAUGGAUGAACGAGUGGAUGUCGUGUGCGUAGAUGUGUAUAGGUGCGUGUGGUGGUGACUUGGAGUUUGUCGAGCUCCUGCGCGAGUUUGUCGAUCGCUGCCACAUUGUCGAUCAGACACACAGCACUCUGGUCAAUCCGACCUGCACGGCAGAGACACAAGUGUGUUGAUGCACUGCAGUGCAGUGUAUGGGUCGGCGUGUGAGUGUAUACUUUUCUUGGCAGUGUGCUCGCGCAUCAACGCCAUCAGGUCUUCCUUCACACUGUGGAAUAUCUGCAUAUAUGUCGCCCACACGCGCAGCAAAGGAACAGAGGGACACAUUGACUAAUGGUUUGGUGUCUGUCUGUCUGUCUGUCUGUGUGUGCGGUGUCCGUGCCUGCAUGUCCUUCCGCUGCUUGUGGAUGGAAGCGUGCACACCCGCCGAGCCGUCUUCACUCAUGGCGACUCACACAGACAAACAGACAGCCGCAGAUCGCUCGAGAGGCAAUCAAUCGGUCGGCGAACGAGUGAACGACUCACAAGUGAGGCACACAAGCAACGAGGGCGACCGUCGAGUGUUUUCUCCGGUUGACUGGCUGCCGCUGCAGCUUCGAAUUACGUACAUGUAUUCGUGUACACACAUGUACAUAUGUGUUUGUUGAUCGAUCCAUGUACGUAUGUAUGUCUGUGUGCGUGCAGUUGGCGCAUGUCUCUGAUGCACUAGCCACAGUGGCACUCACACUACCUCCCUACCUACAGGUACAGCGGGUAGACUACCACAUGCUCAGCCGCGGAGGACGUUCCCUCCGCGCCACCCUGUUGAGACCCUAAAGCUUCCCACCACUGCACACACGCACCCACAUUCCAUCAGACACAUGCAUAUAGAUGCAUAGACAGACAGACAAUUGAACGAUCAACUUUCCCCUCAGUAGCUUACCACGGCAAGCAGUGAGGCCCCCUGGACGACGGACGGACUGAACCGGACGGCAACGGGAAUCCUGUCGCCAUUGUUGACCACACCUCUG